UAUUUAUCAAGCGCUGCUCUCAAAAUAUGAAGAACUUUAAUCGCGUCGGUUUGUAUGGUGGUGUUGCUGUUGUCUUGAUGGCGAUCAUCAUGAUGGUUCAAGCCAUUUCAGCACUCCCUUCACAAUUAUCCUACCAGGUCGGUCAGGAAUUUGUUUUUAAUCUUCAUGGUACUGUUGAUGCCAGAGGAAAUGUUCAAAAGAGUAACUCUCUUACUAAUGGAACCACUUCUACUCUCGACUCUGUCUAUGUUCACAGAUGUAAUGAAAUUCAAAAGGAUGGAUCAUUUGUUUUUGUUGCUAACAUGUUCAAUACACAAGUUGGUGUUGGUCAAACUAGUGAACACGCUCGUGCUUCUCGUGUCAGUUUGAUUAACAAGGAUACCAAGAUUGCCAAUGCCAAGACAACCUUGACUUUUGGUGCUAGUGAUAGUUCUGCUCUUGGUUAUGACAUGUACUUUAUUCAACUUCCAACAGGUGAAAUUACUCAAGUUUAUUAUCAAGAUGGCGAUUCUCCAUAUUUUGUCAAUGUUAAAUUGUCAGCUAUUAGUGCCUUCCAGACCUAUGUCACCCAAAGUACUGCCACAAUUUUGGAACAAGAUUGUGUUGGUGUCCACACUAGUGCCUAUCAAGCUGCUCCAGCUGCCAUGUUGAAUAUUAACAAGCAAUUCACUCAACAAAACUUUAGAUCAUUCAGUGAUGCUCAAGUUACUGCCAACAAUGUCGACAUUCAAGCUACUGCUCAAACUGCUGUCCAUCCAAAUGGUUAUAUUGCCUCUACUACUACCUCUCAAAUCACCAACAUUGCUUCCAUGCAACUUGGUGCCAAGUUGGGACUCACCAAUAGUACUGGUUUUGAUAUGAAUAUGAGAAGUGCUGGUUCUUUGAAUAUUGCUUUGCAAUCUCAACAAGUUAUUACUGCUUUCAACAAGGUUUCUCCAAUCAACAAUGCCUCAUUCAAGAAGGGUUCAUUGUUCGAAGUUGCCAAGAGUACCAUUGCUUCAUUGAAGUCAAUUAAUUAUGAAUUGCCAAUGCUCAAGGAAGAUCCUAUUCAAAUGAUCUCAACCAUUUUGGACUCACCAAAGCCAUUAAUUGCUCAUCACAAGGAUUUGAAGAAGCUCGCCAAGUUCUUUGACAGCUCUGCUCCAAAGGUUAUUGAAACUUUGGCCAGUGCCAAGACUACCUUGAUGAAGUAUAUUACCAACCUUAAGCAAGCCAACAAUAAGCAAAUGAGAGAUAAGGUCUUUUUCUUACUCACUUCUGCCAAGAAUUUUGAAGAUUUAUUCUUCUCUGAAUUUAUUGAAGCAUCAUUCGAUGGUAUUGAACCAAAGAUCGCCAAUGAUUUGCUCUUCCACUCUCUCUUGUCUGCUAACACUGGUAUGAAGCAACCAACUGCUGCAUCCAUUCGUAAGAUUUAUUCCAUGUUUGGUAAAUAUUAUGAUUCUAAUCCAGUUCUCAGAGAUGCUGCAUUAUUAGCCUUUGGUUCUUUGGUUUCUAGAUCAACUACUCCAGCUUCAGUCAAGAAGGACGCUGCCUCCACCUUGCUCGAAAUGCUCGAUCGUUCUGCUCUUCUUACAAAGGAAUCUGAUUCAUCAAUUGCUGUCUCUAUUCUCGGUGCCAUCUACAAUGCUGAAACCAUUUUCAAGCCACAAGAUGUUCUUCCAGUCGUUUCUAAAUUGUUGGCCACUGAAAAGAAUCAACAAGUAAGAUCUGCUCUCAGAAUGGUUAUGAAGGCCUUUGCCAAGAAGUAUUCCAUUCCAUCAAGUAAGCUCACUUUCGAUGACUCUCCAUACCCAUACAAUCGUUCAAUUACCAAAGAUUAUAACCUUGGUGGUGAUACUGUCUCUGUUGAUUUGCACGGUGAUUUCUUUGUUGGAACCAACUUUGAUUGUAAUCAUCCAAACUUUAACUAUGAUGGAAGAAUUGAAGCCUAUGCCAAUGUUGAUGUUUUAGGUGCCAAACAAGCCAGUAUUUUUGAUGCCAAGGCUGCAUAUGGUAAGCAAGGAGCACAAACUGUAGACAAUACCAUCUUCUUGAGUGUUUUCGACAAGGUUGUUUAUCAACAAACUUUACCAACUCAACUUAUUGAUUGUAACUUGCACACUUAUCAACUUUAUCAUACUAGCAAUGGAUUCAACUAUGAAUACACUGUUUGGGUUUCAAUUGUUCCAAUCACUUUCAGUGCUGGUGCUACUCUUGGUUUGGAUGCUGAAUGGGGAUGGCAAAUUUGUGAUGCUCAAUUGAGCGCUAUGGUUGAAGUUAUUCCUUCUGCUCAAAUUACUAUUGAUGGUCAAGCUGAUAUCGACUUGCUCAUUAUUAAGGGUGGUAUUGAAUUGGAUGCUUCAUUCCAAGCAGCUUUAGUUCCUCAAGGUUAUGUCCAUGGUACUCUCUGUACUGUAGGAGUUGAUGUUCAAUUACAAACUCAACCAAUGUCUGCCAAUUUGGAAGCAUACUAUGCUUGGAGAGAUUGCAAGUUUUGGAUUGUAGACUGCCAUUGGAAACAAAGAAAUCAAAGAACUUUGUGGUCCUGGUCUCUCCCAGCUCAACAAAAGACAUUAUUCAAUGCUGAAUGGAAGAUUUCUCUUUAAAUAAAUUGUUUUCUUCUCUACUGAAGUUAGUACUUUUGUAAUAAACAUGGUAAUGACUACUGUAGUAGCUUGAUAAUUC